AUGUAUCAACAGCAGCAAUAUGCAUAUGGAGGAAGUCCAGGUUAUACUUCUGCACCUCCCAUGCAGGCCCGUUAUCCUCAGUAUCCAUACCGCACUUCCAGAUGGUCCACAGGCCUCUGUGACUGUGACCGCGACUGCAGUAACAAAAAAAAUUGCGAGCACAGUACAAUCUGCCUAAAGAGACGUGAUGAUUGUUGUGUGCAUAUGUGCUGUGAACGCUGCGCUGUGUCUCAGGAACACAGCGAACUUAAACAAAGAGGGCUUAAUCCCUCUGCAGGUUGGGUAAAUCCUGUUGAUAACUGA